CUGCACCUAAAAUCCGAUUUCAAUUAAACCUGAGAAGUUACCACUGUCGUUUUUCUUGGUUAUUGCAGAGUUCGGGGACGAAGAUGAAUUCUCCAUUCUCGCCGAUCCUGCUGAAAAGCACCUCAUCCAUGUCACUACACGAUCGCUUCACCUACAUGCUGCAGAAUAAGCAGCCUUUGCUGGUGGACAUCGACAAUUCAAUGCCCCAGGUCCAGGCAGCUUCACUGCAGAACCAGCACCUGGCUCAGCAGUUGGCCAACCGGCCCUCAGUUCUGGCAGCCCUGCAGAACAGAUCGAAUCUGAAACAGCGUCUGGGUAAAAGGAACGUUAAGGCGAGACUUGGCAGGCCGGUGAUGAGGGGAGAUUUUCACGGUACGACUGGGUUCUGGGGGAAACCGAGAGGAAGAGGAACACUACUCAGGAAUUUACCACAGAAAGGUAUGAGCAGAUUACACGUCUCGGGUUUAGUGGUGCACGGGGGCCUGAUUUCACCACAGGAAAGCGUUUACAGGAGCGGAGAGCAAGUGUUGCAGAGCAGAAGAUAUACAGGAGCGAUGAGAGGAAGAGGUCGCGGCUGGGCCGCAGGACGAGGCAGAGCAGAGGGUCGGCCUCUCCCCACUCGAGAGCAGCUGGAUGAGCAACUGGACGACUACAUGUCCAUGACCAAGAGUCACCUGGACGCCCAGCUGGACGAAUACAUGGCUGAAGUGGACUCGGAGGACGUGCUGUAACGAGUCCGUCAGCUUCCUCGGGACCUUAUUUCGCGGCCUGAUCGAAAAUGUCGGGCGUUGAUCUGAGAAUUAAUCUAUUGCUGACGUGUUCGCACGCCGGGUCGGCCAUCACGCUCCGUAAAUAACAACCUUAAUCAGGGGAGCGGCAGGCGGUUCAUUAUAGUCUGAUGCAUCGAUUCAGUCCGGCUGAGAAAUAAGGCCUGUUUGUUAUCAGUUCAUUGUUGAAGUAAAUUUACCACAGACUGCAGGACUUUCUUUCAAUUCUCAUCAUUUAACACAUUUAAUACCGCGGUGUGCUUGGCUGACUGAAAAAUCAGGAACCGUAAAAUGUGUUAUUUCAAAAUACACUGAUCAGCCAUAACAUUAAAACCACCUCCUUGUUUCUACACUCA